AUGCGAGAUUACAAUUUUAUGCCGGAACUUCCCUCCUGGAACCGCCUCUUGCACCACUUCAACAGCUCUGGAUUGGUUCAACAGGUAAUGCUCAUUUAUCAAGAAAUGAUCUCUUGUGGUGUGAGCCCCAAUGUGGCCACCAAGAAUAUAGUAGUUCAUGCUCUGUGUAAAGUAGGAAAUAUUGAAAGGGCUCUUGAAUUAUUGAGAAAUAAUGAACAUUUUAGAUUUGAGAGUGAUGGGGUCACUUAUAAUACUGUGAUAUGGGGUUUUUCUAAACACGGGUUUGUGGAAGCGGGACUUGGGAUUGUCUCUCAGAUGGUCAAGAGGGGCGUGAAUACUGAUAAUUUUACUUGUAAUAUACUGAUGAAGGGAUAUUGUGAAAAAGGUAUGCUGGAAAAUGCUAAAUAUGUUAUGGAAAUGUUUAAUGAUGACAUAGAGGUUGAUAAUAAAAUCUCUAUAGAUGUUGUGGGUUUUAAUAUUUUGAUACAUGGGUAUUGUAAGUCUGGUGAGGUUAGUGGCGGUCUUGAGUUGUUGAAGUGUAUGACAGUAGCUGGUGUAUUGCCUGAUAUUGUUACGUAUAAUACUUUGAUUGAUGGGUUCUGUGAAAUGGGGGAUUUUGAGAGUGCCAAGAGUCUAAUGAAUGAGCUCUUGGAGCAUAACAUUUCCAAAGGUGAUGAUGAGGAAAAAGAAGUCUCUGUAGUUGUGGAAUCAGGUUUGACAGCAAACCAUAUUACGUACACUAAUUUAAUUAGUGGAUAUUGUAAGCAACGUAGGAUUGAGGAAGCUUUGGGUACAUUUGAUGAAAUGAAUAGGAACGGGGUUGAUGCCGAUGUAGUUACAUUUAGUUCUAUUAUAAAUGGCCUUUGUAAGACUGGAAAAUUUGCUGAAGCUAGAUCACUUUUCUGGGGGAUGUUAGAGCUGGGUGUGGAUCCAAAUCGCGUUACCUACUCUAUCUUCAUUGAUUAUCUUUUUAAAAUUGGGAACAUAAUGGCUGCAUUUAGCCUGUUGACUCAAAUGGUGGUUCGUGGAAUGUCCUUUGACUUGGUGGUCUUUACCACUUUGAUUGAUGGUCUCUUUAAGGUUGGAAGGGCAGAUGAUGCUGAAGAUAUGUAUAGGAUUCUUUUGGAGGCUAAUUUAGUUCCAAGUCACAUAACUUAUUCUGCUUUGAUUGAUGGGCAUUGUAAAAUAGGUGACAUGAAGGGUGCUGAGUUUGUUCUGCAGCAAAUGGAGCAGAGAAAUGUUCUUCCAAAUGUCAUUACUUAUUCCUCUUUAAUUAACGGCUACAUGAAAAGUGGUAUGCUUGAUGCAGCUGUUAAUACCAUGAGGAACAUGGUUUGUAAAAAUGUCUUGCCUAACUUUUUUACCUAUGGUGCCCUUAUAGAUGGCUCUUUAAAAGCUGGUAAACAGGAAAUCGCUCAAGAUCUCUAUGAAGACAUGAAAUACAGAGGGGUGGAGGAGAACAACUUUAUAUUGGAUGCUUUCGUGAAUAAUUUGAAAAGGAAAGGAAGUAUGGAUGAAGCUGAGGCAUUGUUUAGAGAUUUCAUGUCAAGGGGGCUGUCAAUUGACCGUGUCAAUUACACGACCCUGAUGGAUGGACUGUUUAAAGCAGGAAAAGAUUCAUCAGCUCUUGAAUGUGCCCAGGAGAUCACAGAGAAAAAAUUAGGGUUUGAUGUUAUUGCAUACAAUGUUUUGCUUAAUGGAUUGCUUGGGCUUGGUCAUUAUGAAUUGCAAUCUGUUUAUAUUGGAAUGCAAAGAUUCGGUUUAGCUCCAGAUCUUGCCACAUUUAAUACCAUGAUCAAAGCAUAUUGUAGAGAUGGAAAAUUGGAAAAUGCUCUUCAGCUCCUUGAUGAGAUGAAAAGUCAUGGAUUAAUGCCUAAUUCAAUUACUUCUAAUAUCAUGGUGGGAGGGCUUUGUAAGUCAGGUGAAGUAGAUAAAGCAAUGGAUUUGUUGAAUGCGAUGUCUCAUGCGGGUCUGCGUCCUACCUCAAUUACUCACAAACUCCUACUUAGCGCUGCAUCAGAGAGUAAAAGGGCCGACACAAUCCUGACGAUGCAUGAGCGGCUGGUAAGGAUGGGUCUUAAUCUCAAUCAGACAACUUAUAACACUCUCAUCAGUAUCUUGUGCAGGCUAGGGAUGACUGCAAAAGCAAUGUCAGUAUUAGAAGAAAUGGUAGGAGUAGGCUUUCAAGUUGACACUAUCACUUACAAUGCUCUUAUACGUGGAUAUUGCAAAAGCUUUCAUCUAAAGAAGGCUUUUGGGAUGUAUUCUGAGAUGAUACUUAAAGAAGUUUGUCCAGAUAUUACGACGUAUAAUACUCUUCUAGGGGGACUUGCAUCAUCUGGGUCAAUGCAUGAGGUAGAUGAGUUCCUUGAUGAAAUAAAAGCAAAAGGCUUCGUCCCAAAUGCUACAACUUAUGACAUACUAGUUUCUGGCCAUGGGAAGAUUGGAAACAAGAAGGAAUCUAUAAGGUUGUAUUGUGAAAUGAUAACCAAAGGUUUUGUUCCUCGAACUAGCACUUACAACUUACUUAUCAGAGAUUUUGCGAAAGUGGGGAAGAUGAUUCAAGCUAUGGAGCUGAUGAAUGAGAUGAAAGUUAGAGGGGUGAUCCCUAAUUCCUCAACCUAUGACAUUCUUAUAAGUGGAUGGUGCCAAGUAUCAAAUCAAAUAAAGCUUGAAAAGUCAGUAAAAAAUUCAUACCAAGCAGAAGCAAGAAGGUUGUUUAAAGAGAUGAGCGAUAAAGGCUUUACUCCAAGUGAAACUACUAUUUAUAGUCUCAGUUCCGUCCUUGCAAAACCAGGAAAAGAGGUUGAUGCUCAAAGGGUGUUAGAGAAAUUAUACAAACGAAAAAGAAGUUAA